AUGGCAAAAUCGAACCAUACCCCGGAUCUUGAGAGAUCCAGCCAAGAGAAGAAUGAAGUAGCUCUAGAUGAGGGCGAUGAAUACCAAGAGCCCAUUGCGUGGAACUUCACAAGAGUUGUUGCGGUUAUUGCACUCUGCAUUGCUUACGUUGGCUCUCAAGUCAUUUUGUACUUCGUAUCCAGUGGUUUGGUCUACAUAUCAGCAAGCAUUCACACCAAUGUAGGCAACUGGCUCCUGACCGCCAAUACCUUAGUAGUGGCAGGCACAUGCCCUUUCGUGGGUUACAUGACUGAUCUCCUCGGUCGAAGAUGGCUUACCAUCGCUGGCGCCGUGCUCUUAAUGAUAUCAAGUGUGGUGAUGGCAACUUCUCAUUCUCUGGGAUCGGCCAUUACUUCCAUGGCUCUAGGUGGUGUUGGAGCUGCAAUCUGUGAGCUUACUGCUAUCGCUGGCGUUGCAGAAAUCACACCUGUGAAAUGGCGUGGCGUCACCCUCUCUCUGGUCACCUUCUCGAUUCUGCCCUUCCUUCCUCAGCUCACAUACAUGGAAUUGUUACAAAUGCACUCUACCUGGAGAUGGGCUUUUGGAAUAUGCGGUCUGUGGAACUUUAUCGGAUUUCUCGGAAUCGUUUUCUGCUAUCAUCCAUCACCACGACAUAACACUGACAACAUGUCUUCGAUGGAUAUCCUGAAACAAAUCGACUAUAUGGGUGCCUUUUUGUCCUUUGGAGGGAUCACCUUGCUGUUGGUCGGUCUUCAGGCGGGUGGCUACCAAUAUCCAUGGAGGAGCGGCAAGGUCUUGGGUCCUCUAAUUUCCGGCAUCGUAUUGAUUCUCCUCUUUCCGCUUUGGGAGUGGAAAGGCACAAAGUCACCUAUGGUUCCAGGGGCGAUUUUCAAAGGACAAAACGUAGUGGCCAUAUCUUUGGUAGUUGUUUUCAUUGGAGGCAUGAACUUCUACGCCGUUCUCGGUUUCUUCCCUGUGAUGCUAACAUCACUCUAUAAUACCUAUCCACUUCAAGUUGGAUAUAGAGGAAUUGGAUAUCCACUAGCCAUUUUUGUCGGAGCCUGUGGUGUCAAUACAUUACUAUCUUACACGAAAGGACAUAUCCGCCAGAUGUUUGUCAUCAGUGCUGUCAUCAUGACUGCUUUCGGCGGCGCUCUCGCAGCAUCCACACCGUUCAACCCAAAUUUCGCAGUUGUAAUGGCAACAUUCUGUUCCCUAGGUAUCGGUGCAAUAAUAGUCCCAGCUCUCACCGUCGCACUAUACGCCUGUCCCGAUCGCUACAUUGGAACCACCGCGGCGCUCUCCCUCAGCUCUCGAUUCCUCGGAGGAUCUGUCGGAACAGCCAUCUACUUUAACAUCUUCAAUACGAAAAUCUCAUCCAAACUCCCCACAUAUGUUGCAGAGGCGGCAGUUGGAGCCGGUCUCCCUGCUUCUAAUGCGAUGGACUUUCUGGGCGCUCUGCUGGGUCCCGGAGGUGGUCCUCCGGCUGCAGCGGCUGUACCUGGUGCUACGCAGCAGGUACUAGAAGCUGUGGGGCUGGCCAGCCGAUGGGCUUUUGCGGACUCGUUGGCUUAUGUUUGGUAUACUACUAUUGCCUUUGGUAUGGUGUCAAUCGUCUGUUGUGCUUUUCUGCCGAAUAUCCGACGAUUUAUGACGGACAGAGUCGCUGUGAACCUCCACUGAUAAUGUAUAUAUUGACAUGGAAAUAUUGAGACACUUGGUCGGCAAUGCACGUUGCCAAUGGAUGUUCCAACUUCCCCUGGUUUUGUCAUCACCUCUUCAUGGGUAUGUUGCCAGUUGAUACAGUGAGCAUAAAUCUAUACAUUUAGAGGGAAAGUAUUUGUUUGUAAUUCAACCCCGUAAUGAUCUUUCAGGUACAUUGCGACAACAGCUAAUGAUCCCGAAGUCGCUACGUGUCGUGUGAUUGCGGGGUUUAAGCGAGAAGUAAACAAACCCUUGGAGUAUCCGAGAAAUGCUUGAGAAUUUUCCGACAAGUAUCUGAGAUACAUCCUCUCCUU